AUGUCUGCCGUCCCUCCAUUCACCGAAGAAACUGCCCGCAAGAAGGUCAAGGCUGCACAGGAUCUAUGGAACACGAAAGACCCCGUGAAGGUCGCCAAGGCAUAUACCGAAGACUCCAUCUGGCGUAACCGCGACCAAUUCUUUCAAGGCACAAAAGCAAUCGAACAAUUCCUCACAGACAAAUGGUCAAAAGAAAGCGGCUACCGGCUCCGGAAGGAGCUAUUCACAUUCGCCGGGAAUCGGAUCGCCGUACAGUUCUGGUAUGAGUUUUGGGAUGAUAGUGGACAGUGGUGGCGGUGUUAUGGAUUGGAGCAUUGGACGUUUGCGGAGGAUGGGAAGAUGAAGAAUCGGAUGAUGAGUGUGAAUGAUGUUAAGAUUAGUGAGGGGGAGAGGUGGUUUGAGGGAGAUGCUGAUGUUAAUAGUGUUACGAUUCCGGAGGGGCAUUGGAGUGGUAUUAUGUGA